AUGAUUUAUCAACAAGCAAUACCAGGAACACAUGGUCCCAAUAAGGUCACCUCGACAGCUCUGGUACAAGCUUAUAUCCACCGAAUUGAUCAGGUGAAUGGAAUUAUCAACGCAGUUGUUGUUCGCCUAUUCGAUGAAGCCAUCAAGAAAGCUACCGAAGUUGACAGAGAAAUAGCAGAGAUGAACGACGAGCGACUCGCAGAGGUGAGAUAA